AUGAAAAGUCAAGAAUUAGUAGAGAAGGCCAAGGUCGAACUGACUGGACGAAGAUUAUUAUGGAAUAUAAUCUGGUACGGAAGUCAUCUAGCUAUAUUCGCCUAUGGAUGGUACUCUCAACAGACCAAUGCGAAAUUGGCAGCUUUGAACGGGUUGAAGUUCUCGGUGUGGACCUCGAGAGGUGCAGGUUUGGUUUUGGCUUUGGAUGGUGGAUUAAUAUUGGUUCCUAUGCUACGAAAUGUUUUGAAAUUGAUCAGACCGAAAUUAAUGUGGCUCUUCCCUGCCGAUGAGAAUAUAUGGUUCCAUCAUCAGGUAGCUUAUCAGAUGGUAUUUUGGACAAUGGUACAUACCACAGCGCAUUAUGUGAAUUUCAUCAAUGUCGAGAGAACUCAAGUCCGUAAACAGACUGCAUGGGAAAUCCAUUAUACCCAACCUGGUGGUUUCUCCGGACAUGUCAUGCUGCUCAUCAUGUUCCUGAUGUAUACUACCGCCCAUUCGUCAAUAAGGAAACAAUGUUUCGAAGCGUUCUGGUAUACCCAUCAUCUGGCAUUCUUCUUCAUGAUUGGCUUGUAUACCCACGCAACAGGAUGUUUCGUUCGUGAUUCGGUUGAUCCAGACUACAUACCUACUUUCCCUUUCUAUUCGACUGAACAUUGUUUGGGUUAUCAAAGUUGGAGAUUUACCAUCUGGGCUGGUAUACUGUACUUUGGCGAAAGGGUCUACCGAGAAAUCCGAGCACGUCGAAAAACAGAUAUUUCCAAAGUCCUCCUACACCCCUCUGGUGUAAUGGAAAUUAGAUUUCUGAAGCCUUCCUUCCAGUAUAAAGCGGGUCAAUGGUUGUUUUUGAACGUACCGGAUGUUUCUAAAUUUCAAUGGCAUCCUUUCACUAUAUCAUCUGCACCUGAAGGACCAUACGUAUCAGUACAUAUCCGUCAAGUAGGCGAUUUCACCUUAGCCCUCGGAGAUAGGUUGGGCGCCACGAAGGGCAUCGCAAGUCAAAAAUUGGAUUAUCCCGAUGAAAAAGGUGAUUAUGAUUAUGGAAGAAGAAAAGAUUUCAUAGAGAUUAAUCCGAAUAGUGUCGGGAAAGGUAUGCCGGUAUUGAGAAUUGAUGGACCCUUUGGUGCUCCCGCGGAAGACGUGUUCAACUCCGAAGUAGCUGUCCUCAUAGCAGGCGGUAUAGGUGUGACUCCCUUCGCAUCUAUCCUCAAACAUAUCUGGUACGCCCAAAGAUCAGGUCAAUUAGGGGCAUUGAGGAGGGUCGAAUUUAUCUGGAGUUGUAGAGAUACAGGUACAUUUGGAUGGUUUCAAACUUUGUUAGAAGAGCUCGAAGCUUCUCAAAGUGAUCCCGAUUUCCUACGUAUAUCUGUAUACCUUACCCAAAAGAUGGAUUCCGAUACCGUACAGAAUAUAACAAUCAACGACGUUGGAGCGGAGUAUGACCCAUUGACAUUACUUCAAUCUCGAACGUUAUUCGGUAGACCAAAUUACAAACAGAUUUUCCAUUCGUUGUUAUCAAGUAUCGAAAGUGGAUCAUACCUCCCAGGAAGAGAAGCAACUCUGAAAUCUAGAUUGGGCGUUUAUUUCUGUGGUCCAAACGCCUUAGCAUCGACGAUCAAGAAAGAAGCAUUCGCAGUCAAGAGUAAAUCAGUGGAUGUUAAAUUCUUCAAAGAGCAUUUCUGA